UGCUGGACGGCGGGGGCUGUCCCGGGGUGAAAACCUAACAGGAAAAGGCGGGGAUAGUUUCAUUGUGUAGGCAGCGACAUGAAGAAAACAAACACACCCAGCAACACGGUGCAGGGCGAGGAGACGGCACGAGGUCGGCACAUGAAGUUAGCAGCUAGUUAGCAGCUAGUUAGCAGCUAGUUAGCAUGGACUCUACAGGACAAUAUUCAUAACCUGAUGAACUCUUUACAUCCGGGACACUUCCGGACUACAGGAACAUUAAUAAGACAGGGAAGGACGGGGACUGGACGUUUAGGACCGCCUACAGGAUCCAGAGGGAGUCCAGCAGCCACAGUGGAGACCUGCUGGACUUCAGGACCAGAGAGGAAUGGAGGAGGACAACCAGGACCAGGAGCAGCGGAGCAACGAGGUCCCCAGAAGACCAGCAGCAGACUGGGCCUCUGAUAGCAGCCAUGUUCAGAAACGGAGAGAAAGAGCUGACAGCGGACAUCACCGCUGUCCCCACUGUGACAGAACCUUCACAUCAAGAUAUUUUAAGAUUCAUCAGAUAGUUUACAAUAUAGAGAAGCCUUACAGCUGUGAUCAAUGUGGGGCAGCUUUCACAAUACCGAGUCACCUAAAAAUACAUCAACGCAUUCACACUGGAGAGAAACCUUACAGUUGUGAACAAUGUGGGAAAGCGUUUUCUCAGAGUAGUAACCUUAGAAAACACCAGCGCAUUCACACUGGAGAGAAGCCGUACUGGUGUGAACAAUGUGGGAAAACCUUUUCUUGGAGUGGUCACCGUAAAAGACACCAGCUCAUCCACACUGCCUCGUUGUGAACAUGUUCCAGAGCCAAGCUCUUUCCUCCUCCUCAUGCCCUGAUAGCUGUGUUGUUAUAUUCUGAUCUUCUCUCCACAUUGAAGGCUGACCAGCAGUAACUCUAUCUUCUGAACAGCAUGUAUGUUGUCCUGGCUACGACUACAUAUUACGCUCCCU